AUUAUCGUUGUUGUGCCAGCCUUUUGUCUUAAGCCAUAUCUCUCUCUCUCUCUCUCUCUCUACUCACACACACACACAUAUAGCCCGCCAUCAUCUUCCCAAAACAUCAAAUAAUCCAAGACACGACGAGAGAAACCAUAAUGGAUCUCUUCUCUUUCCCAACACUAACAGCAAUUUCAAUCCUCUUCUUGUCACUACUUGUAUGGAUCAGGUCUCAGAAAAAAAUCACCAAAUCACAGAGCCAAAGGCAUGGUAGCACCAGAACCUUCAGGGGCCUUACCCCUAUUAGGCCAUCUUCAUCUUCUUGGAGCUCAAGUUCCUCUCGCCCACACCUUAGCUUCUUUCGCAGACAAGUACGGUCCCAUCUUCACCAUCCGACUCGGGGCCUUCCCUGCCCUCGUUGUUAGCAGCCAAGACGCCAUUAAAGACUGCUUCACCACCAACGACAAAACCCUAGCUGCUCGUCCGAAAUCAAGCCAUGGCGUCCAUCUCGGAUACAACUACGCCGGGUUCGGGUCUGCGCCGGACGGCCCGUACUGGCGCAAAUUGAAGAAGCUGGUCAUGCUUGAGCUCUUAUCAGCCCGCAGACUAGGAGAGUUGAGGCACGUGUAUGAGUGUGAGAUCGAAGUAUUUAUCGGCCAUCUUUACUCGUAUCUCGGAGAUGUUCAUGAAGGUAGAGUUGUGAUGAACCAGUGGUUGGAGCGAUUGACUCUGAAUAUAAUAACGAGGAUGAUUGCCGGGAAGAGAUACUUUGGGGAUUUGCAGGAUGUGGAUAAUGAAGGGGCACGUAGGGUUGUGAAACUGUUAAAGGACUGCUUGCAUAUUUCUGGUGAGUUUGUUCCUUCGGAUUUGAUUCCAUUUCUGGGAUGGUUUGGUGGUGAAGGGAAAGUUCUGAGAUCGAUGAAGAGGAUUGCGAAUGAUUUGGAUUCUCUUCUGUCAAGUUGGGUUGAGAAUCGUGAGAAUCCUAAAGAGUCCACAGAGAAGCAGGAUUUCAUUGACUUCAUGCUCUCUGUAAUUGAAGACGACGACCCUACCUCCGGCUAUACGCGCGACACUAUCAUCAAAGCAAAUCUCUUGAAUCUGAUCUUAGCAGGAGCGGACUCAACCUCCCUCGGCAUGAUAUGGACCCUAGCCUUAUUAUUGAACAACAAACACGUUCUAAAGCGUGCCCAAGAGGAGAUCGAUCAUCACGUAGGCAAGCAAAGAUGGGUCCAAACUUCAGAUAUCAAAAACCUAAUUUACCUUCAAGCCAUUCUCAAAGAAGCCUUAAGAUUAUACCCACCAGGUCCUCUUUUAAUACCCCAUGAAGCAACACAAGACUGUUAUAUCUCUGGCUAUUACGUCCCAAAAGGCACCAGAGUUUUUGCCAACGUGUGGAAACUCCAUAGAGACCCAUCCAUUUGGUCACAGCCUGAGAAGUUCAUGCCUGAGAGGUUUAUUACAGAAAAUAAUGGAGAUGUUGAUCAUGAAGGUCGCCAUUUUCAGUACCUCCCUUUUGGGUCCGGAAGAAGGGCAUGUCCUGGUUCUAGUUUUGCCAUGCAAGUGAGUUUGCUGAGUCUGGCUCGUUUGCUUCAAGGGUUUGAGUUGAAGGCCGUAGGCGAUGAACCAGUGGACAUGAAAGAAGGCUCCAGCUUUACUUUGCCUAAGGAGACUCCAUUGGAAGUUCUCCUCACUCCACGACUUUUGUCUCAUCAAUAUCACUCAUUAUUGUCCUCAAAUUCUUAACUACGACACCAUUUGCAUUCAAUAACUGUUGUAAACAAUAACAUAUAUAUACAUACAUUUUAUGGAGUGAUUAAAA